UUCAACCCUUUAGAAAGCAUAAAGAAUGGCUUGCUCCCCUUGGUUUCUCUUGGCAUUCUUUGUUUCUUUGUGCCUUCUCAGGGAUGCCCAUCGCUUCUGUAAUGGUGAUCCCACUGAGGGUUUCACAGCCGUCCCAUUAACUGAAUGGAAUUUUGAGAUGGAGAAACCGUAUGACAUACCUCUUGAAGAACGUUACAGCUUUGUCAAUGGAGUUAGGAGGAUGUGGGUGUAUUCCUCCGACAUGCCUCUCCGACCAGACAGCAAGACGAAGCCUCGAACCGAGAUUCGAAUUCGUGGUUAUGAUUACUCAUCUGGAACAUGGCAAUUUGAAGGCUACGGCUUCGUGCCAAACGGCACUUCUGGGACAAAUAUUAUGCAAGUCCACCGAGCAACGUACCCAGCUACGACACUGAUGCUGAGGGUCUAUGGUGGUCUCCUCACAAACUAUGUAUGGUCAGUGGUGGAGCCUUACGUCUAUGAUAGAUGGAUGAGGGUAAAUGUGAUACAUGACGUGGAUGCUGAUAAGCUGACGGUCUUCAUCGAUGGUGUUCAAAAGAUGGAGGUGGAGGGCAAUGGACCAGGCGUAUUCAAUUUCAAGUGUGGAGUUUACACCCAGAAUUACUCGACUUAUUACAUGGAAUCCAGGUGGAGAGACAUAAGGAUCCUUAAAAAAGAUGAAUGAUGUAGCUUUUGUAAUAGAGCUAUGACGAUCCUAGUAAUCAAAUGUUAUCAUAAAGAUAAUAUUAAUUAAGAGUCCCAAGUUAUGUAUGCAAUACCAAGUUAUAUCAAGAGCACCAAUUAGUGUAAUAUUAUAUCAAGUGUUUAUAUAUUAAGUGCUCCUUAAUG